UCACAGAGGGUGCAAAGAUCCUCCCAAGCCCCAAAGGUCUCCAAUGCUUAAAGAAAGAUGAGGACCAUGCAGAGCAGUGAUGUACCUCCAAGAGAGUCUGAGGGCAGAAACUGGUGGGGGAUGACAACAAGAAACUGUGGGUUGUACUCAAACCCAAAUGCAUCCCAAUAAAAAUGAAAAUAUGUCUUGAUCUCCUGGCAAUCAUCCUUGCCCCAGGUUGCCUCGUCUUCCCCCUCUCUCUGUGCACUCCGAGAAGAGCCUGGCCCAAUCUUUCCCUUAUCACCCAGAAAUGAAGAAAUUGUCAUUCCCACAAGGCAGGGAAUGGGAUAACCCAGGAUCCAGGUCAGCAUCAAUCAAGUUCAUUGUCCCCAAAAAAAAAAAAUAACCCAAACCAUAAUCCUUUUUUGCGGGUAAAAGGUUGUUUCCAGCAGCCGACCUGAUACCGUGCGUCACCCAAACUGAAGCACUUCUGCGAUGACAGCCCCGGGGGCUUUCCCAGGGCAGCUCAGAACGUCCCUGCGCUUUUCUCACCAUCUUCAGUGCUCCCAGCCCUCCUCCCCAAGGGCUUUUCCAGCUGGGUUCCGAUUCCCGUCUUGUACCUCCUCCUUCUUUGAGCAUUUUCUCCUCCCUCUGGGCUGUUUUUUUUCUUCAAGGCUUCCUCUUUUUGUAGGAAAGCAGCAGCAAGCCAAACACCUUGGGUUUGGUUUGUUUGGGUUUUUUUCCCGUCAUAGUGAGAUUUCGGUUUUGCAUACGAACCAUUUCAAGCCCAGUUACAGGAAUUGCCAUAAGGGUUCAGAAAUGACUGGAAACGUUUGGGGAGCAAGGAGAGCACGGUGCCUUCAGCAUCAGCUGCCUACAGGACGCUCUUAAAAAUUCCCACUCGUCUGGAUUUACUCAGAAAAAAACAAAAAUAGAGAAAAUAAUAAUAAUUAUCUUCUUGCUUGGGAACUUAAGCAUAAAGCUUAAAGCAACCAAGCAUUUCUUGAGGUGGUCCUUCCCCGUUUUGCCUUGCCUACGGACCGAAAGACGCUGAAGCAGCAGGACCCGUGGGCGGUGGAGAAGCACAUCGUCCCUCCUCGCACGCAGCGAUAUGUACCCGCGUCAAGAAGUUAUAUGUCGCCUGCAUAUGCUCUUCUAAGAACCUGAGCCACAGUCCCCGCGGCCGCCGGUGGAAGCGAGCCCCUGGGUCAGGCACUUCUCUACCCGCCAUGGGGAAAGGACUGAAAAAAACAAAUUCUGCAGACCAAGAGGAAGAGUUGAACCGCUGCAGGGAUGUAGAGGAAGACUGCAAAUGGGGUUCUCAAACACAUAUUGGUGCCUCUGAAGGACAUGGGAUCCAGCAGAAAAAGGCAAAGAGAGAGGGAGAAGGACUCAGCCCACACACUCUCCUGCUCUUUCCUCCCCCAGUCUCCAACACCAAGAAGUCAGACCAAGAAAGAUCCCGUUGGUCACAGCUUUUCAUGCCCAUGCACGUGGUGCUGGUGCUCAUCCUCCUCCUCCUCACCCUGCUGAUUGUCUUGACUGUUGUCUAUUUCAGAUCCCAAUUGCCUGUCCCGGACUUCUACCACGUGUGCCCAGACAGCUGGCUUGGCUUCCAAGGGUAUUGCUACUUUUUUUCUGAAACUGAGAGCAAUUGGACCACCGGUCAGGAAAGCUGCGAGGCCCUGGGAGCUUCACUGGCCCACAUAAGCAACACAAAUGAAUUGACCUUCCUUAAAAGGUAUAAAGGUGACGCUAACCACUGGUUUGGGCUGCGAAAGGAGGAUGACAGUUGGUGGUGGUCCAACGGCACAGCCUUCAACAACUGGUUGGUCCCUCUCUCCGUGUUGGGUGCUUGGGGUUGGCAACUGGGGCAGGUUUGCAUCAUGGUGUGGUUGGAAAUGGCCCCGAGGGGGGCUGUUGCGUUGCUUCUCCCCCACCCUUGGAUGGGAUUUCUUGGAGGGUCUGGGAUGACCCAUCCUGGGACGGAGACCUUCUGCCACCAUGCCUAAGCAGCUCCUGCCUUUCCAUGGGAGGUUUGGGAUGGACCAAGGAUGCCGCACACCAAUCCCCUAUUAGAUACCCUCAGCCAAACACCACCCUUUCUCUCCCAGAGAGGAAAUCCCAGCUUUUCUUAAUUUUUUGGGGGGGUAGCUUUCUUCCCCCCCCCUUUUCUCGCUCUCCUGAGCAUGUCAGCUUUGCAGGUUUGAGGUGAGAGGUGGUGGGCUUUGCGCAUACCUGAACCAGGAGAGGAUCAGCUCGUCCCUGUGCCACACCAAGAAGAACUGGCUCUGCAGCAGACCCGACAACUACGUCCUCUGGAAACAAAAAGCGUAUCCGUAAUAAAAUACUCCAAAAACCAGGCACUUCAUCCCAGUUCUGCGACCAGCAGAUGAAGAACCACUGAGUGUUUCCUUGGGUAAAGCCCUGCAUCAGAUUCUAUCACAAACAUUUAUGACUUUCAUAUUUCUUGAGGCUUUCUGCUCGGACAAGCCAGACUAUCAUUGAUCUCAUGGCUGCUGGAUCACUGCGUCAGAGAAAGCUUAUCGAGAGUUUUCUGUGCGCUUUUGAAAACAGCAUUUUUUUUCCUAUUCUUUCAGCUACUUACGUGAAUUAAUUUCACUGAAAUUCCCCAUUGGAAGGGAAUGAAGGUAAAAUUUGGUAAAGCGGCUGCAAUGUUAUAAAACAAAUAAACAAAAAAACGCACUGCAAAAUUGAACUUUGCACUGUUUGCAAUAAAUUUUGUGGUACCUCUACUGUUAACAAA